CAUUAUUAAGAAAAUAUAUUGAUGAAUAUGGUAUUAAAGAUUGCGAACUUCAUUCAUACACACCAACUAGAUGGACUUCAAUGUUUGAGACCACCAACUCCAUCCUCCAACUCAAAAAACCAUUGGAAAAGAUUUAUGAAAGACAUAAAGAUUUACUUACAAAUGAUAAGGUGAAACAUAUUCUUGGUCUGAGAGGUUUCUUUCAUGAUGUUGGGCUUGGCAACUUCUGUAUUGUUGCUACUACAAAAAGCAAUUCUCAAUUUGGAAGGAACAAAUGUUAA